UACAUUUGUAAUAGCCUAUUCGAUCGAAUCAGAUCUGGCCAUUCGAAAUCUUUCGCAGGCUGUCGGACUCUGUAGCUCCCCCCAGUUGACAGAAUUAAUUUUUAGCUUAGCUUAGUACACUCCAUAAAACAAUCUCUCUAUAUAUAUAUUUCGUAAGCUCAAUUGUGUAGUCCUAAAUACAUCCAAAAACGAACUUAAAGACUAACUAAAGGCAGCUACAAUGUCAGACAAUAUCAAUACACAGAAGUCCCGCAGGCAGUAUGGGGCCUGGGACAAGCCCGGCGUUUCCCUCUUUGCGGUCGUCAGCCAGGAGCCCCUCAACAAUAUGCUGUCCAUGAUGAAGCCGCUGCCGAUGGGGAGCAGCGACUACGACAAGGACGCCUAUCCCAUGAUACAGAAGUCUUCGGCUGCCGAGAACGCGGUCUAUCGCGCCAUUAAAUUUCAGGUGGAGCAGCUGGCACUCAAGCGCAGAUUGGAAAUGAGUUCGAUGGAGGAGGAGCAGCGCAUCAACAACGAGUUACUACGGGCUCUGGUGCAGGAGCGCAAAGCCGAGGUUGUGGCAAAGAGUAAGCUGGUGCAGCUGCAGCGAAAUGUGCCCGAGCUGCGCGACCUGCAGGUGGAGGUGAAUGUGGCCACGACGGCGCUGAAGGUCAGGCAGCAAAUGCUGGCAGAGGCACAGGCGCGAAGCGUCGACAAGCAGGCGGAGCGGGAGGAGGCCCAGGCCCAACAGCAGCAGGUGGAGCUGCAGGUGCUCAAGGAGAAGUUGGUGGCCGACCAGAAGGCCCACGCAUACCGCGAGGCCCUAAUUAAUCAGAUUGCGGAAUCAACCGAGAAGCGCGAACGGAAGCAGCACGAGACCAAGGUGCAGGAGCGCCAAGAGCUCAUCGAUUACCAGAAAGAAAUCGCUCUGGAGCAGCAGCAGGAGGCUGAGAAGUGGGCACAGAAGCGCAAGCAGCUCCAAGAGUCCCUCAAUAAGACUUUCGCUCAGAAGCAGGCCACACGCGAGGCUGAGGAAAAGGCGAACAGGACCCGCCCUCAGCGUGGCAUCCUCGACUCGUACGGCCCGACGACAGCCGCCUUCGUGGCCAAGGACAUGAAGCGCCGCUCGGACGAGAUGCAAGCCAGAGAGCUGAACAGCGUCCGCCUGGGCUUACAGCUCUGCAAGAUCCAGCACGAUCGAGAUGCGCGCGACGAGCUCCUCAUGGACCUGCUCGAGCACGAGUACAGUGUCAAGGAGAGCAAGCGGCACAUGGAGCAGAUGCUGGAGCGGCAUGCCGAGUGCUAUGCAAACCACGAGAAGGUGGGCAAGCAGCGCGAGGAGGACAAGUACUUCCGCGAGCAGCGGGCCAACAUUGGCAACGACAUUCGCCGCGACUCGACCUCCUUCGGCGAGCGCCAGCAUCACAUGUACGAGCAUCGCAUUGCGUCCAUGCACAAGAAGAACGAGCAGUGCUACCACGACAUGGAGCAGCAGGCCAUGGCCAACGAGCAGCGGCGUAAUGCCGAUGCCGAGGCAGCGCGCAACAUCGCCGCCACAUGGGCCCAGCUGCAGGAGGCACAGGAUGCUGCUGUGGGCCAGGAACGACUUCGUGUGCUGCGCAUCCAACCCCAGGAGGUGCUCAAUGCCAUGCGGCCGUACAUCUUCACUGCCAACGAGCAGAAGGUUCUCAAUCUGGAGACAAGUAAACAUAUCUGAACACCGCCAACACACCCAUUAAAGAGUUUCCUCUUACACCCCACAGACAUUGCGGAGAGAGUUUGUUUUAUUUUACACGUUUAUUCAUCGAUUGAUUCGCCUAAUAACUAAAUACAUCUCGAUUCGGAUAUGGUUGUGCUCUAG